GUGGCCCCCCGCCGCCACGGGACGCCACUCGCCGGCACUCCGGCACUCCUCGCGGCAGGCAGCAGACAUCAUGGACGGACAGCGCCAGUUGAGGUGGGCCGUGGCCCUAGCGCUUCUCGUGGCGAGCACCGCAGACCGAGAGGUCCCCCAGUACUACGGCGGCCUGUCGGGCCCCGCUCCCGCCCCUGUCCCCGCCCAACAUCAGCUCGGACCCCUGUUCUACAGCGCUCAGCCCUACCAACCACAGCAGCAAAUCACGGUAAAGUCCGCCGCGCCUCAGUUCUACCAACAGUCGCAGUACCAGCCGCAAUACCAAGCACAGUACCAGCCGCAGUACCAGCCCCAGUAUCAGCCACAGUACCAGCAGCAGUACCAGCCGCAGUACCAGCGCGUACUGGUGUACAGCCCCAACGGCGCCUCCGUGUACCAGCAGCAGCAGCCCUACGGCUACCCCGUCGGAGGGCCGGCCGCGUCCUUCCUGCCUUUACCCCUCCGGGAUGAGGCCGGCAGCGGCGGCAGCACCGGCGGCAGCAGCGGCAGCGGCUGGGGCUUCAACCCCUCCGAGUACCUCGGCGUCCUGCAGAACUACUGGCAGACCCUGACGACCACGCAGAGCGGCAAGCCUCCCGCAGAGGGGGCCAACCCCGCACCCGCCGCUGGAGCCGAGGCCCCCGCCGAGCCUGCCGCGGCCUCCUCGUCAGAGGGAUCCAAGAAGCCCGAGGCCCCCGCUAUGCCCGAGGCUCCCGCAGCCCCUCCACAGCGAUUCAUCGUGGUGUCGCAGCCCCAGGUCGUCGCCAACCCCGCCGCCCUCCCCAGCGCUGCCAACGGAGCCGUGUCCACCUACCUGCUCCUCCGCAACCAGCCCCUCUACGGCCUUCCCAGCCAGGGCGCGUACCGCGUGCAGCCCGUGGAGCAGCCCCAGCAGCAGCAGUACCAACAGACUCAGAGGGUGCAGCAGACCGUGCUGCCCUCCGCCACCGGCCCCAUGAUCCUGGUGCGCACCCCCGACAACAAGUACGGCCUGGCCCCCGCCUCCAACCCCACCCGCCUCAUCGUGUCCGGCGAGGGCAUCCGCGCCCAGGACGACGUCCAGGUGUCCGGGCCUGGCAGCCAGGCGCUGGCCUACCAGAGGUUCCUGCUCACGCGCCAGGGUCAGCACGCGCCAGGCUUCUACCCCGCCCCACACCCCGGCAUCGUGCACUCCCUGGCUGACGAGUCAAUCGCCGUAGACGCUCUGAGGGACGCCACCAACACCACCGAGGGGGAGUCGUCUUCAUCGGGCCCUACCACCACCACACCGCCCGCCACCGAUGACGAUGUUGUAGACUCUGACAGCGAAAAGCCUGUGUCCAUCGCUCAGGUGAAGCCCCAGGCUAUCGCGCUGGCGGGCCCCGGUGGAGUGGCGGCCGCGUCCCCCAUGGGCACCGCCCUGGUGGGCCCCGGCGGCAUGGCCCUGGCCGCGCCCUCCGCCACCGCCGUGGCGGGCCCCGCGGGCGGCACCCCGCCCAUCGCUGUGCCGUCCGCCAACACGGCUGCGCACAACGCCGACGCCUACCGCAAGUGGCUCAACAAGAAGAACAAGCUGGCUGCCGCCGGCGCCGCCGAUGAUGCUCCCAGCGUCCCCGAGUUCCUGGUCGAGUACGGUUCAAGCUCCGUCUAGGCCCUUCUCCGCUACCUAGUUGCACACCGUCCUCAAGCUCGUCCGCAAGAAGUUUGUUUUUAUGUUCGUUUCCUACACUAACGGCCAAACACGCUUACGUCGGGUUUAAGUGUUUAAACCCCGCCUAAGCCCAUUUGGCCGAACAAGGAUUAAGUCGUCCUUCACGAGUUGAAGUUGAUACGUGGAAGUUUCCGAAGAGAGGAGAGCACAGUAUCGCUUGCUGCCCCCUCUCCUUUUGGUGCCAACCGCGCGCCCCUUUCCCAGGAUCUGCUUUGUAAUUAUCAUUAAGUUAUUCCUUCUCCCCGGUAGGUCCUGGGAGACUAGCGUGCUCAGCACACGACUGCUACUGAUAUAUGUAAAAGAAUUCGACUGAUAAAAACGUAAAUAAUUAAAUAAAUGAGUUGUAGUAGUGUAGAUGCAUAAA